UAUACGCUUGCUCUGUUCUCUGUCUCUCAUUUUGUGUACAAACUAACGAGAGUGAGUCGUCAAUAUUUACUUGUAAUUUCUAGGCUCUUGAAAUAAUUGUAAAAUGGCAGGAAAGAAAAAGGGAGAGCUAUCCAAUUCGGAGAAAGAAUUGUUCGAGAGUAUUCAAUCAGGGAAUAUUGAGCUGAUACGACAAUUGCUUGGGGCUUCUGAUGUAUCUGUCAACUGUCUGGAUGAGCAUGGGAUGACCCCUCUUCAGCAUGCUGCCUUCAAGGGUCAAGUACCCCUCUGUGAGUUGAUGCUCGCUAAUGGGGCUGAUGUUAACAUCAACGAGCACGAGAAUGGCUACACAACGCUUAUGUUUGGUGCCCUCUCUGGUAACAAAGACGUGACACGUCUGAUGUUACAAUCCGGAGCAAAGACAUCUCCUGUGAACUCAGUCGGGCGGACUGCAUCCCAGAUGGCAGCAUUCGUGGGCCAGCAUGACUGCGUCAGUAUCAUCAAUAACUAUUUCUCCAGAGAGAAUGUUGAUUAUUACACUAAACCACAAGGUUUUGAAAAAGAGCCCAAACUGAAACCAGAGUUGGCGGGUACUUUUCAUAAACUCAUUCUGCAAACAAAUCUAAACCCAGUCAAGCUGGUCCUGUUCGUCAAGAAACACGGAGACCUUCUGAAUGAGUCGGUUCCAGUAGCCCGAGUCUUCGACUGCAUCUGCGAGAAGCAGAUGAAGUCAUCGGAGACUAACGAGGUCCUAGCGAUGAAAAUGCAUUACCUGUCUUGCCUACUCAGGAUGUGCCACAAAUGGGACGUGGAACGACCGGAGGGGGUGGACGGCCUUCUGAAAGUUUUACUGAAGGGUCAAGAACCGGAUGGUGAGAAAGUUGGGAUGGAGAAAAUUAUGCGACAGUGGAUUCGAGAUUUCCCGUAUCACGAAUCAGAACUGCUACAACAGAUUGUCCGCAACCUGGCCAAUGUCAAAAUUGGUGAGGAUCCUUCAGCGUUGACGAUCUUAACACAAGGGAUCAACGGAUCUCGCAGUGUGGAAACAGAAGAUGUGUGCUCAACAUGUGGAGAUGCUAAAGCUGCCAAAAAAUGCUCAGCCUGCAAAAUGGUGAAUUACUGCAAUCCAGAUUGCCAGAAGUUACACUGGUUCACACACAAGAAGGUAUGCAAAAACCUGGCGGCAGACUUCUUGAGAAUUCAGAAACUUAAUCAAGAACUUGACGAAGAAGAGGAGAAGAGGAAACAAGAGGAAGAAAAGAGGAAAGAAGCAGAGACGGCUUCCUCCGAAGAUAAACCAGAGGAUGCGGUUAACAUCGCUGCCUCAACAGCCGAAGGUGGAAAGGCGGAAGAUGAGGCAUCUCAACAAACAGAGACGGCCACAGACGGAAAGGCCUAAGACAUAGUUGCUCAAGAAUCGUAGCCUGGUGAUGUUCUAAGAACUUUGAGAUGGUGAUGAUGUGUUAAUACUAGGCCUGGUUUAUUAGUGAAAUUUACUACUCGACUAGUCUCCACUACGACACUAGUCGCGGCUAAUUUUUAAUUCCCAAGAUGCAUUGU